AACAAUGGCCAUCACUGACAUCCUUUCUGCUAAAGAUAUUGAAUCUGCUCUCUCCAGCUGCCAGGCUGAGGAUUCCUUCAAUUACAAGUCUUUCUUCUCCACGGUUGGCUUAUCCAGCAAAACUCCUGAUCAGAUCAAGAAAGUUUUUGGAAUCCUUGAUCAGGACAAGAGCGGCUUCAUUGAAGAAGAAGAGCUUCAGCUGUUUCUGAAGAACUUCUCUUCAAGUGCCAGAGUCCUCACCUCUGCGGAGACCAAGGCUUUUCUAGCUGCAGGUGACACUGAUGGCGACGGAAAAAUUGGAGUAGAAGAAUUCCAGUCUCUGGUGAAGGCAUAAACAGCAUUAGACCAAAGGCAGCCUUGGACUGACUCUUCCAAUUACCUCGUCCAACAAGCACUUCGCACUCUGCAUGUGUUUGUACAUUUUUAUAUUGUUUCAGGCAUCAGCAAUUCCCCAUAUGUCAAGCUCACACAAAGCAUUGCUGAGAAAUCUCACAGUGUGCAGAUGUUUCCAUUGCAAAGAAGGCACUUUGUGAUUUUCAGAUACUCAUAAUGUUGAAAUUGUGGCUAGAAGAUGGGAUAAAAAAUGCUGUUUUUUCCAAUUUUGUUUAGGUUUUCCUUCCUCAUGUUUAACAUGCUGACUUGCCACACACAGUUUUAAUGAUUUUAAAUAAUACAAUAUCUCUUAAGACAUAA